AUGGCCCCCGAAAAUUCCGUUGCUGCUUCCACCAAAAAGCGACGGCGGCCUGCUGUUGCCUGUGAGCGCUGCCGCCAAAGAAAGAUCAAAUGCGACACGCAGUCUCCUUGCAACAACUGUACAAAGGCUCGAAAUCACACUUGUACAUAUGUCUCUACACAUAUCCCUAAAUCAAGGGCAUUGAAAUCAAGACAGGCUACUACUUCUGAAGCCCAAUCAGGCCCUCGCCCACUCGCCCCAGCCGUCGGUAAAUCCAUCACGAGCUCGGCUGACUAUAUAACACCGUCGUUUGAGCCUUUUCCUGGUUCUUCUUCCUCUCCUUCGAAUACUCACACGUCAAUCGCCACGCCAGCCACUACUGUGUCUCAUACCAAUUGGCCCAGAGUCGGCGCAAACAAGCUAGAGGUCAAGCAGAGCCAAGACCACGCAUUAGGCUUCCGAUCUACGGGCUGCAUUCUCGUUUCACAAGACGCAGCUACCCCACCAAUUAGAGGAAGUAUUUCCAAGACACGAUAUUUUGGCCAAAGUCACUGGAUGAACGGGGCCAGUAUGUUUCCAAAAGAACUCGGAACGUUGGUGAAUGAAGAGGCGGAUCAAGGCGAGCUGUUCCAGGCUCUGCAUAAGUGCAAGUUGUUGGGACGAAAGCUCAAGGCACAGAGAAUUCAACCUAUCUUGUCGACACAGUUGGGAGAGAAUAUGCCUUCCCGCCAAGAUGCAGAUGUGCUGGUAGAAAACUACAUCAACACCUUUGAAGGCAUCUUCCGCAUUGUCCACAUUCCCACCUUUCGCGCCGAUUAUCAGCGCUACUGGCAAGAUGUAAACUCUGCAACAGAUGCUCUUGUUUUACUAAUCAAGCUUUGCAUGGCCCUUGGAAGCACUGUACGCGACGACUCAGAUGACUGGAAACCAACAGCGAUGCAAUGGGUACGUGAGGCACAGGUUUGGCUCAUGCUGCCCCCAGAGAAGAGUCGAUUGACUCUGCAAGGCAUCCAAAUCAUGUGUCUGAUACUUCUUUGCAAAUCCGUCGUCGGACUUGGUCAAGACCUGACCUGGGUGCUCACGGGGGCAGUUGUUCGCAACGCCAUGUACAUGGGCCUCCAUCGGGAUCCGAAACACCUAGCCAAGAUGACUACCUAUGCAGCAGAAAUGCGACGACGUUUAUGGGCUACUAUUAUGGAAUUAAACUUGCAGUUUGCUACCGAGGCCGGGGGGUUGCCCCUCAUCUCAGAGCUGGAUUACGACACUGAACUCCCUGCCAAUCUCGAUGAUGAGCAGCUCGACGACGAACCUGAUAAAACGAGAACGUCACCCCCUUCCGAGAGCGCCCUUACUCAGUCAACGAUUUUCAUUGCAUUAGCCAAGUCAUUGCCAUUCCGUCUGAGACUGAUAAAUGAUGUCAACAACUUCCGCUCUGUUGAGUCAUACGAUCGGACUCUGGAAAUCAACACGACUCUUUCUGAGACUUGUCAGGAGUUUUCAGCAAAGAUGAACAGCUUGAUUGGGAAGAAGCCUUCACCUACUGCAACAGCACCUAUUAAUUCUUGCCAUGUCUUGUUUGGUGAGAUGCUCUUGUAUCGAUUCUUCCAUACACUCCAUAUGCCAGUGGUGACCAAGGCUUUUGAUGACCCAAAAUACUACUUUUCGAGGCAAAUCUGCGUCAGUAGCUCUCUCAAGCUCUCGUCCAUGUGGGGUUUCAACGGUACAAAAAGCCCCAACGAAGUUCUUGACCCUGGAGUGGCCAGCUUCAGGAGACUAGCGAUUGCUGGAACGGGCGUAUUUCGAAAUAUUCCCGCCUUGUCCCUCUUUAUCCUCAGUCGCGAGCUGUUGGAACAGCGUGGCACCUCAGCCAGCGGACUUGGUUUGUUUCCUGCAGCGACAAAUCAUGACCUCCGCGUCCAUCUUGAGAGCUUCCAGGCCUGGUCGUUGGAAAGGAUAAAGGCGGGAGAGACGUCCGUCAAAGAGCACUGCUUUAUUUCAGCGCUGCUGGCUCACACUGAUGCGCUUGCGCAGGGACUUGAUGCCAAAGCCAUUACCAAAUUUAUGAUAGACAAGUGCACAGAAUCUGUGACUCUGACUUUAGGGAUCUUGACAGACCUUGCGGAAAAAGCCGGCAUCAUGGGUGAAAAUGCAAACGUAGAGGGUGUAGUCGACUACAAUGACGAUAUGGCGGCAUUUAGCAUGGAUUGGAACAGCGGGUUGGAUUGGGAGAAUGGUUCCUUGUGGAAAUCAGGCUGGUGGCAAAUGAAUAUUAUGCCAAAUCUCGACGAUUUUAACCCUGGAGUUUGCCCAUAG